AAGCAACCUGUUUCUUGAUAUAUUUUCUUUAGUGUUACCGGUCAAGGCGAUCUAAGUCUGCGGUUAAUUUAUUCUAACGACAUCCCCGCACGUCGGAAGUGAGAAAUAACGGUUUACCCCUCCUCAGCUGGGCCAAGAUGGCGAUCGGUGUUCUGAUGGAUCUGUUCCGACGCCACUCCAGAUUUUCUGCGGCCGGGGCCGUGCUCCUCCUGGCCACAGUCAUCAUGUACAGUGGUGCAGUGCUGGAGUGGAUGUCCUCUAGCUACGCACAUAUCUUCAUGAUCUUCUGGUCAUUUGUGGGUGGAAUGGUACUUUGCUACAUGUUUUUAGGAAGAACCAAAAACAUGAUGCCCAAUUUUCUCAUCAUGUACAACCGCAAGAAAGAGCCAGAGUUGGAUGACCUGGAAAGAGAGGCCCUGAGAAAAAGCUGUCCUGUAUGCGGGGACCCCAGAUGUGCCAGGCACAGACCUGGUCUGUCCAUACUUGACCUCCAGCCAUGGACCAGUUUGAAGGUGACAGAAAAAGUGGAUAUGGCAUUGUCUGAGUUUCUGGAGCUGGUUUUAAGAGACUUUGUUUACACCUGGUACAGAGACUUGAGCACAGACGAGGCAUUUGUGGAUGAGAUGAGGGUCAGCCUGAGAUUCAUCCUCUCAUGUCUGAUCAGGAGGAUAAAGAAGACGGACCUCCCUACCUUUAUUGUCAACAAGCUGAUAAAAGCUGCCAUGAGUCACCUGGACAAGUAUGUCCGGGCCAUGGAAUCAGCCCCGCCAGGGGCUGAUCUAGAGAAGGCCACGUUAGAGCUGUACGGCUCAGAACUCCACUGUGUCAUGCAGAACAGACGCACAGAACUGCAGUACCUCCGCUACCUGUCAGGGGAAAUCUUCCCCUACAUUCUCCCUGCAAGGUCACUCAAGUGCAAGAGCCUGUGUGCUUUGCUGAGGGAGCUCCUGUCAGCCUCAGUCUUGAUGCCAGCCAUUGACAAAAUAGCUGAUCCUGACUUUGUGAACAACUUAAUGCUGGUAUUCCUUGAUGAAACUCCGAUGGCAGUGGCUACAGAACCUCCCUCCCAUGAUGUCGACCUGCUCGCUCACUUCAGCCAGCCCAGACAGGCUCCCAUUGAAUCAGCUCUACGGUUGGACCUACCAGACAUCAUGAACAACCAGACCACGCUGUUCCGCUUCAUGCAGUUCCUGAAGGAUGAGGCAUCUGUGCACGUGCUGCAGUUCUGUCUGUCUGUUGAGGACUUCAACAGGAGGAGUCUGAACCCAGACAUGACCGACCAACAGAAGAUGGACCUGCACCAGGAGGCCAAGAUGAUCUAUGAGAUGUACUUCAAGGCUGAUGCUGCGGACAAGAUCCAGUUUCCUGCUGACGUCACAGCAGAGAUUAAGUCAAUUGUGGAGGGACCACCAGAAGGAGUGACUAGGCUCAGAACAAGUACUCCACUUUUCAGUGCUUAUGAGCAUGCCUAUGGGCUGUUGGAAAACACCUUCCUGCCUCUCUUCUACCAGAGCGACGAUUACUACACUAUGUUGUGUGGGGGCCGUUUGCCAACCAACAUUCCCAAAUCAGCUUCAAGCCCUAACCUAGAGAGUGUACUGUAUGAUGGGAAGUCUGAGACAGUGAGUGUGGGGCUGAAUUUGCCGACUGGCUCGGCCUCCGUUGAAAAUAUUCCUAUCUCUGCCAUGACUAACAUGGUCAAUUCGUGCAAGUCUGCUGGUAGGAAGAGCAUGGAGCCGUUUGCCGCCGUGUCCAAAUUUGGAAACAAGCUGAAGGAGAUGCUGAGGUCCAACACAGGUGAUGUUGAUGACCGACUCCUGGCAUUAUAUGAUGACCAGGAGGACCAAACACCAGACAUCAGCCCCAUGGAGCCGUAUGAGGAGGAGGAACUAGAGGAUGAGAUUGAGGCUGAGUUCAUCCCGAAGGACCUGAGUGCCUGGAGGGUGGCCAUCCCUAGGGCAGAAUCCAGAUAUGAAAAUGGCAAGCAGUACUAUGUCUACAUCAUCUCAGUACAAAGAAUAGACAUCAGAGAAGGAGAAACCUCAGGCCCAUCUGGAUGGGAGACUACAAGAAGGUACAAUGAGUUCUAUGUCCUGGAGAACAAGCUGACAGAGUUUCAUGGGGAGACCCUGCUGGAAGACUGCUGUCUCCCCACCAAGAGGAUCCAGCUCACCAAACCCAGCCAGGAGUUCAUCGACUCCAAAAUAGCCAUCUUCGAAAAGUGGUUGCAGGUGUUGCUGACCAAGCCAGCACUGAGAGGCAGUGAGCUGGUGCACAGUUUCCUGUCACCGGGGCCGGAGUUUGAGACCAGGCUGCUGACAGAUGUCAACAUUGGUAAGAUGUUGAAGUCAGUUCCAAACAAACUAGUCAAGGAGAAAGGACAGCACCUGGAGCCUUUCCUACAGGCUUUCCUGGCUUCUACAGAGACAACCAAGCCACGGCAAAGCAAGCCAGAGGAAAUUGAAGAAAGUCCCAAAGAUAAGAUGGAAAGGAAGAUUGCCUACCCGAUCUAUGGGAACAAUGCUGCUGGUUUGGUCAGCAUCCACAAAACAGAGCCAGACGGGCUGCAGAUCAGGGCACUGCACGGGGCCGCAGACUUCCUCCUGUACAUAGCACGUACUGUGUACAAGGUCCCGACUUGGUUCCACCAUGUUGCCAUGGCAGCCAGAAUUGUUGGUAAACAUGCACUGGAAGGUUACUUGGACAGCUAUCUUGCAGGCAAGAUAGAGCAGGUGAAGCAGGAGCACCAGGUGGUGGGACUCAUCCACUUACUCCGGGAUGUGCUGUUCUUCGACAAUGAUCCUCCCAGAACUGACGAGGACAAACGAGUCCGGGCUGAGGAGACACUGAAAGAGAUGAAAGCGUUCUUGCCAAAAUUGUUUGUGAUGGUGAUCGGAGCUGAGAAGCAGCAUAUUGGGACCAAGACUAUAUUUGAUGUACUGCAGAAGCCCAGGCUGAACAAGCAGCUGGGGUAUGUGAUGCUUGACCUUGCAAUACUGGAAUUCUUUCCAGAAAUCCAGGAAUCAUCUGACAUACAACAAACUGGCAACUAAAAGUUCUAUACUUGUACUGCAUGGGAACAAAUAAUGUAGCUUUGGAGAGGACAAUGACAGGAGACAGAGUCUUGUUGCAAAAACAACUGUUAUGUCAAUACUAGAUUAUUCCAGGGUACAAAUCAUGUCUUAACUAUAUCUUAUCAUUGAGUAGAUGUUAUGUAUAUGUGGUGUGACAUUUGUGCCAAUGAUAGAAUGAAUAUCUAUUUAUAAUCAGAGCGAAUACAUUGUACUUCUCUGUCAAUGUCAGUUACAUUGUGAAGCAAUAAUGGGUACAAACCAGACCUUUCUAGUCAUGUAUUGUUGACAGACAUCUCAUAUUCUGUGAAAGUCUUUAUGGCAGUAAAUAAAGGCAAAUCUUUAUGAA